GGGGCGGGGUCUCGGCGGCACUUCCCCAUAACCUGCCGCUCAGAUUGGAGCCUGAGCCGGGAGGGUUACCUGCCCUCGAGUCCGGUCGUCCCCGCCUCUCCAGGUGCCCCGCUCCACGAGCGGGCACUGCGGCUCUGGACAGCGGCCCGGGAGGACCGGUGCAGAACAAUUUGUUUAACUUCAUGGUGAGAGGAAUGAGAAUGCAGUUCCUGGGAUUGGUGGUCUGUUUGGUCCUUGGGACCCUACAUUGUGAGGCGUCCGAAGGCAAGCUGGAUCCUGAAACAAAUAUGAAUGUGAGUGAAAUUAUCGCUCACUGGGGAUUCCCUAGUGAGGAGCACUUCAUUGAGACAGAAGAUGGAUAUAUUCUUUGCCUUCACCGAAUCCCUCACGGGAGAAAGAACCAUUCUGCCAAAGGUCCUAAGCCGGUGGUGUUCCUGCAGCAUGGCCUGCUGGCAGAUUCUAGUAACUGGGUCACCAACCUGCCCAACAACAGCCUGGGCUUCAUUCUGGCAGAUGGUGGUUUUGACGUGUGGAUGGGGAACAGCAGGGGGAACACCUGGUCUCGGAGACACAAGACUCUUUCAGUUUCCCAGGAUGAAUUCUGGACCUUCAGUUUUGAUGAAAUGGCACAUUAUGAUCUACCAGCUUCGAUAAACUUCAUUCUGAACAAAACUGGCCAAGAGCAAGCGUAUUAUGUGGGUCACUCUCAAGGCACCACGAUCGGUUUCAUAGCCUUUUCACGGAUUCCCCAGCUGGCCAAAAGGAUUAAAAUGUUUUUUGCCCUGGCUCCUGUGGCUUCAGCCGAGUUCUCUCGUAGCCCUCUAGUUAAAUUAGGAAAAUUUCCAGAAUUUCUCUUAAAGGACAUAUUUGGGGUCAAGGAAUUUCUUCCGCAGGGUACGUUUUUGAAGUGGCUGAGUGCACACUUUUGCAGCCACAUCGUUCUGAAGGAGCUCUGUGGAAAUGCCUUCUUUAUUCUCUGCGGAUUUAACGAGAAGAACUUAAACAUGUCCAGAGUGCCCGUGUAUAUAACACACUCUCCUGCCGGAACGUCUGUGCAAAACCUGUUACACUGGGGCCAGCUUAUUAAACUCCGGAAGUUUCAAGCCUUUGACUGGGGAAGCCAUGCCAAGAAUUAUUUCCAUUACAACCAGGUAAAGGCAUCGGAAGUCUUUAGAAUUGAACCGGGCUCUGAAGACCCACCGAGGAAGCCAGCUGGAGUCAAGGGGCUGCUCGGGGGCCCGGAUGCUGCGGGACAUGUUGGGGAGAACGCACCCUCCCUUGUACAACGUGAAGGACAUGCUGGUGCCCACGGCCGUCUGGAGCGGGGGCCAGGACACGCUGGCAGACGACAAGGACAUCAGCGUCUUGCUGCCGCAGAUCACCAACCUGGUGUACCACAAGCGCAUCCCCGAAUGGGAGCACCUGGACUUCAUCUGGGGCUUGGAUGGCCCUUGGCAGCUCUAUAAGGAGAUAGUGGAUUUGAUGAGGAAAUAUCUGUGAGAGGCACGGAGGGACCAUCACGUUGGGUGAUCAGCCGCGUUAACGUGUGUGUGCUUCAUUUCUCUAAAGCAGCUGUCUGUCUUCCCAGGCUGUUUGCAUUUUUGUCUCUGAUCAAAUUUUGAUGGAUGUUGUUCAAGUGCCUCCAGCAUUAGAAAUGCACUUUUUUUGGUUCGAUCAUGACCUAGUCGAGGCUAGCAUCUCAGACAUAGUGCGGCCUCUUGAAGACUUUUUAAAAAUGCCACUGACUUGUAAAAGGUCCUGACCAUUCUGGAUAUCCCUGCCAUUUAAAAUACACAUUAUCGCCUUCUUACCGUCGCACAGGACAUGGCGAGGAGGUGCUGCAAUUUUAGGCUGUGGGGUCUGUUGGCAAAUGCCCUGACACCGAUUUGAAAAAGCUCCGUGUGCACUCAGUUUUUACCUCUUUGCCUUAAAGGGCUCUUCAGUCCGGUGGCCUUGCGGUCACUAGGGAGCUAAGUGACAGGUUCUCAUGCUCUUGUGCUGUGAGUGCAGAGUCUAAUCCCGUGACAACCCCAGCCAUGCCAGUUGCAAGGAUUCUUUAAUGAAUUUUAUCAAACCUAACCGUGAUAGUCAUUAUUUAGUAAAUGUUUAAAUUGCUCAGACCAAGCCAAAUAAUUUGCUGGAAUCUUCAGAAAAUAAAUGACAUUCAUUAAAAAAAAACAAUAAACACCCAAAACCUUAUAUUUUAAACAGCUCGCAGACUGAUGCAGGCAACCAUCUACACUCACGAACUCAUCAGUGUGUGGCGGGCCGUACAUCCGCAUGUGUGAGAAGAUGGGUCCUGGGGGGAGACAGUACCACUCUUUCCUGCGAAAUCAAUGCAUUCUCUUAGCUGUUGUAGCCCGGUGCUCCUGUGUACGAAGCCAAAGCCCAGGGGCUGCCCGGGAAGAGUGUCCCAAUCAUUUUCACACAAAAGAAAUGUGAGUGUGAAUGUUUUAAGACAAAUGCUCAGGGAUUCUUUCUGUUUUUUAGUUUUGUACGUGUCCGUAUUUUCAAUACUUUGGAUGUGCAUCCCCAGUUCGGGACGCCCUUAUUCACCUGCUUUUCUCGCUGCACAGUUUCCUUGCAAUACUGCCAGAUGGACAGAAUGACAAUUGAGAUGUUUUUCAGAGACAGCUCUUUUAGCUGCGAUAAUAAACAAUACUUGGAAUGGGCUAAUGCAUGCAGACAGUGUGAUACUAUAUGUAACAUUUAAAAAGUCUUCAUUGAAUUUUCAAUAAAACUCAGUAGCUUCCUAGACCUGAA